AUGAUGCUCCCCUUCGCCUUACUCCUUGUUGUGGGGUUCCCGCACGUGGAAACCAACAGCAGCAAUCCUCUUCAAAAAUCUUGGACCUUCAAUCUGAAAUGCCAUGAGUGUUCGUCCAUAAACAACUUCGGCUGUGAGACUUUAAGGACGUGUGUGUAUGAAAUUAGGCGCUGUAUGACAAUCGCCAUCCGUUUGAACUCUCGUGAGCUACUCGUUUACAAGAACUGUACUUGGAACUGCACGUUUGUAUAUGCAAGGGACUUGCCUCCUGAAACCCCAAGAAAACUCCCGAGAACGAAUAGUUUCUUUUUUACCUUUUGUUGUAGUGGUAUGACUUGCAAUUCAGGAGGACCUUCUAAUGUUGAGAGGGACUUGUUGACAGAUUACACCACUGAGGAAGAUCUGCCAGAAGGGACCAUGCGCUUGGGGCAGUCUCAGCUUUUCCUGAGCCUCGCCUCCCUCCUGGUCAGCAGCACACUGUUGUGA